UUCAACUUCACUUCCUCAACUGAAACUUAAAGUUUAUCAGAAGUUGAGUCUCUUUGAUUCUCUCUAAAGAAAGAUUCAAGAGUUCAUCGGGGCAUUCUUCACAACAUAGCAGUUUCUCUGUGUGUAGAUAUGGCUGAAGCUAGUUGUCGACUGACUGAAGAUCAGUUCCUGUGCUCCAUCUGUCUGGAUGUGUUCACUGAUCCUGUCACCACAUCAUGUGGUCACAACUUCUGCAGAAACUGCAUCACUGAACACUGGAAUGUCAAUGACCAGUACCUGUGUCCGAUGUGUAAAAAGGUUUUCAACACAAAACCUGAGCUGCUCAUCAACACUUUCAUCUCUGAGAUGGUUGCUCAGUUCAGACAGUCAGCUCAACAGAAAGCCAGCAGCAGCAGCUCAGAGCAACAAGUGGCCAAACCAGGAGAAGUUCCCUGCGACGUCUGCACUGGAACCAAACUGAAGGCCCUGAAGUCCUGCCUGGUGUGUCUGGUCUCCUACUGUGAGACUCACCUGGAGCCUCAUCUGACCAUGUCAGGUCUGAAAAGACAUCAGCUGAUCGACCCUGUGGAGAACCUGGAAGGCAGGAUGUGUACGAAGCACGAUAAACCUCUGGAGCUGUUCUGUAAGACCGACCAGACAUGUGUCUGCAUACUCUGCACUGUUUUAGACCAUAAGACCCAUGAUGUUGUUCCUCUGAAAGAAGGACAUGAAGAAAAGAAGACCGAGCUGGGGAAGACAGAGGCUGAAAUUCAGCAGAUGAUCAAAGAGCGACAACAAAGGAUUCGGAAUAUCAAUCGGAGAGUCAUCUCCAGCAGGAAAAAUGCCGAGUCAGAGAUAGCAGAAGGUGUUGAGGCUUUCACAGCUCUGAUGAAGUUGAUUGAGAGAAGAAUGGACAUCCUCAUUGACACAAUUCAAGAGAAGCAGAAAGCAAUAGAAAAACAGGCUGAAGCUUUCAUCAAAGAGCUGAAACAGGAAAUCUCUGAGCUGAUGAAGAGAAGCACUGAGGUGGAGCAGCUCUCACGCUCUGAAGAUCACCUUCAUCUUCUCCAAAGCAUCCAGUCUAUGAAAGCUGUUCCACCCACCAAUGACUGGGCAAAAAUCAGAGUCUGUCCACAAUCAUAUGUGGGGACUGUGACAAGAGCUUUGGCUCAGCUGGAGGAGACACUGAGUGAAGACAUUAAGAAAUUGUUUAAAUUUGAACUAAAGGGGGUCCAGCGGUAUGCAGUGGAUGUGAGUCUUGAUCCUGAAACAGCACAUCCUAAUCUCAUCCUGUCUGAUGAUGGGAAACAAGUGAAUCAUGGUAAUGUAAAGAAAAAUCUCCCCGACAACCCAGAGAGAUUUUCUAAUUGUCUUUGUGUUUUUGGAAAGCAGAGUUUCUCAGAGCAGAGUUCCUCUUCAGGCAGAUUUUACUUCGAGAUUGAAGUUAAAGAAAAGACUAAAUGGACUUUAGGAGUGGCCAGAGAGUCGAUCAACAGGAAAGAGAACAUCCCACUGAGCCCUGAGGAUGGUUACUGGACUAUAGGAUUGAGAAAUGAAAAUGAGUACCAAGCUAAUGCUAACCCUCGCGUCCUUCUCUCUCUGAAGUCUCCUCCUCAGAAGGUGGGGGUGUUUGUGGAUUGUCUGGAGGGUCUGGUUUUAUUUUAUGACGUUGAUGCUGCAGCUGUUAUCUACUCCUUUACUGGCUGCUCCUUCACUGAGAAGCUCUACCUGUACCUCGGUCCUUGUCCUAAUGAUGGUGGUAAAAACUCUGCCCCUCUGAUCAUCUCUCCUGUCAAUCGCACUGAGACCAAGUAGAACAAUUAUUUGAUUUUGUAUGAAAGUAAUCAGCUUUAAAUACGAGUACAUAUCAUUUGGUAAUGGUCACUGUAUUUUGGCUUUUUUUCUGAUUUACCUGGUUUUGGCUUUUUGGUAUUAUUUCAUAUUUCAACACGUAUGAACGGGUUUGUAUGAUAUUGCAUGGAAACUUAUACACACCCAUCCGUAUGACCUACGAAUUUAGGUGUCCACCAGCUGGUCAUAUAACAACCUGGUUAAGUUUAGCGGCCUUUACAGUUCAAUUAAGCCAACAAAAGGUUACUAGGAGUGGGCUUCAGAGCACCAUGAGCUGUGAGCCGUUUUAGAGGCAAUUGCUAGUCGAGUUUAGUUGACAAAAGGUGACUUUGAGCCAGGUACAUGGCACCGUGAGCAUCCGGUCUUCAGCACUCUUAAGGCCUUUUUACAGUCACCGUUCCCGACCUGGCGCACGACAAUUCGACGUAAAAAUGACAUAGAUCAGAGGUGAAAGCGGAAACAGAAGCAUUGGACGAGUUCUCUCUUGUAAACUUAGAGGGUUAAGAUGAGCUCUUUUAUGGUGAAUUAAAGGCUUGAUCCAAGAAAGUAGGUCAUUGAAUGGUUGUGCAGACAUUCUGAAGUAUUCAAAGUGCUUCUCUUCGUCUAUCAUCCUCAUUUGUUUCACGAGGAUAUUGAACUCACCAUAUUUAUGUCAAGGACCAACGUUCCACCUUUGUGUCUUUGCAAGCAGGCUUAAAAGCAGCUGUUCUUCCUCAUUCAUUGACCCCUAUCUCAUCUUAGCCACUGUUGACAUUGACGUCAAUGUCAACAAAGUAUAAACAGUUACAGCGCUCCCAUGAGGCCACACUGUCGCCCUACAGGUUGGGAAUGGCGAGAAGUUGUGGAAUAAUCUGCCACUUUCCCUCAAAAUUAUAAAUACCAGGGGGGGCUUUUAGAUAUAAAGUAAAGGUAUUUUUAUGGAACAGAGUAGCCAAUAUUUUUUAGUUAGAGUAGAUUGAUUAUUUUAUGUGAUUUAUGAUUCUUUGAUUUUAGAAUGCUUUUAAACCUUGGAUGAUUUGUAUUAUAUGUUAUUGUUUUUGACCAGAAAUAGGUCUUUGUUAUGUGUUGUAUGUUUUAACACCAAGGACCAUGUUGGAAAUAAGUGUUUACACUUUAACAUGCUAUCCUUUGGAUUAUGUUGUUUGUCAAAUCCAAAAUAAAUCAAUAAAAAAAAAAAAAUAAUGAACGCUUUAUACAGAAGCAGUUAAUUUGGUCCUUACAGGAAAAAUACAUGUAACACAUGCAAAUUACAGUGCUUUAGUAGUAGUCAGUACUUUUUCGUAGCUAUAUGAUGUACGAAUGGUUAAUGAGAACAGCCUGCAUGUUUACCUUCAAUGUAGUCUAUAUCCACAACGUUUCUUUUCCGG